UCUCUCGGGGGGGCUGGGGUGCUUCGUUUCUUUCUGCCUGUUCUAACCCUUUUCAACACGGUUUCAACCUCCCGACAUCGCCAUCGACUUAGACCAUGUCUUGGCUGACCGUCGAGGCUCCAAAUCUCCACCAAGAAGCACCGCCGUCUCAAUCCCCUACACGGAAAGACUUCAUGGAGAAUGGGGACAUGGAGACUGAUGGCAUGCGAGAGCAGUCGUCUCCCAAACGGAGGAGGAUCGAGGCCUCACGGUCCGUGCAUGCAGAGCCUAGUCAUAACGGGCAUCAGGAUCACGAGAGCGUAGAUCAACGGCAAGCCGUGAACGGAAAUGGCGGUGGCCAAGUACCCGGCGAAGAAGCCGUGCAGGAGCCAGAGGGAUCCGGCGACGACAGGGUGCCGUUCUUCAAGGCCGCCUUCGCUGACCCGGAUGACAAGGGCGAGAACGACUGCUUCUUCGAAUCGUGCAUCACCAGGGCCGGCGGGACUCAGGAUCUCUUGAAACACUUCCGGGACAAGCACGGUCUCAUCCGCAGCGACCAGGGCAGGCACGAAGGCGGCAGGCGGAAGUUGCCCAAGUACCUCACCCUCUGCCCGACCGACUGGCCCUUCACCCACAACUACAGCUCGUCCUGCAAGUCGUGCGGCGAUGUCGGCGGUCUGUUCAACGUCCUCGGCCAACGCGAGCACGAGAGCCCCGCCAUCUGCUCCUUCUGCUGGACCUACCUCCCAACCCGCCACGACCUAGUCAGGCACAUCUACCAGAGGCCCUGCAGGAGUAACGAGAUGUUCUCGGGGAAGCUCGCCCUCAUCCGGCAUCUAUAUGCCGAAACCAUCCGCCUUCCGGGGGCGGACGCCAUCUCGCGCGCGGCGGCGGAGCAGAGGGAGGCGCACGCCGAGCUGGAGCGCGCCGCGCGCUUCGAGAGGUGGCGGCUUGAGCAGCAGCUGCAGCAACAAACGCAGGAACAGCUGCGGCAGCUCCAAGCGUCGGGCGGCCAGUGCCAACCGCCGACGCCCCAAGCACCAGGGCACCUCCACCCGGUAGCCCACUUUCCUCCGGAUGAGCACCCCUCUCCCAAUCAACAGUCUCUCCCACCAGCCCAGCAUCACAAUCCCGCCACCGCCCAGCCUCCUGCGGCGAGCCCGCCGGCUCCGGUCCAAGCCCCAGCGCCGGACGGCAACCCCUCGUUCAUAACCCACGCUUCCACCAUCACACCUACAACAACGAUAGCAGCAGCAGCAGCAGCAGCAGCAGCAGCACCACCACCACCACCACCACCACCACUAGCAGUAACAGGCGGGACGCCAAUGUCGGUACCGGUAUCAGGAACAGGAUCCACGUUCCCGGGUCCAACGGCGGCGGCGGCAGCAGACCCUGCCUUGUCUUCUUCUUCCUCCGCCACCAUCGCCGCCAUGGCCCGCAGCAUCGAGCGCCUCACGGCCGUCGUCAGCGACCUGGCGGCGGCCAACGCCCGGCUGAUGCGGGACCUUUGGGCGCGCGACCGGCAGCUGGCCGCUCUCCGUGCCGAGGUUGAGAGGGGCGGGCACGGCGGCGGCGGCGGCGGCGGCGACGGAGCAGGUCCGACGAGUCCUGGCGGCGAUGGCGAUGGCGAUGCCGAUACUGAUGCGGAUGACGAGGUGGGAUGAGGAUGAGCGAUGAGGAUGGGGGGGUUAGUGAGGAGGGAACAAGGCUUUGGUAACCAGGAUUGUGGUUAGUGUGUUGGAAUUCCUAAACUUGGUGGAAGCGACGUAGGCAUUGCUGUGUUAACAACACCUUGAAGCUCAUGACGAAGGGGUGUG